AGAAAAACGUUUAGAGAGACAUGGAGCUUGAAAGAAUCAUUCGAGACACACUGACAUGCUUCAUCCAGUCCCACAGCCCUGCAGCAGACCUCAGUGGGAUGGAUGAUGUUUUCUUCUCUUACAUCACGGGUGUCCUGGAAGAGCUAGGCUCACCAGAGUCCUCCGAGGAGACUUUUGACAUGGACACCUUUGUGGAAAUGAUGGAGGCAUAUAUUCCUGGUUUUGCAGAAAUCCAUAGCGGGGAUGUUUGUGAAAUGAUGUUCUCCCUCUCAGAAAGGCUUGGUGAAGCUCGCAACAAAGAAAAACCUGGCCAAAAGGCUGUGGAAAGCAGGAGUGAAGCACCCUCUGAAGACCUGACCAAGGGCCAAGAGCCUGGAGCUGGAGCCUGCAACGGGGAAAGGCUGUGCACUCCAACAGACGGAGCCAGGGCCCAGGAAGGCGAUGACUUGAAGGAUGGGGUGGAGCUGCUACUGGAGAUGUUCCCAGCCUGUACUGUGAGCCAGGCAGAGAAGGCACUCGCCAUGGCCCUGGGAAACUUGGAGGAGGCAGUGCAGUUAAUUGUGGAGGAGAAGGUGGAAACUGGCCCAGCAGGUGCGAGUGUGAAGGAACUGGCACGGCCCCGCAGAGCACCCAACCACGAGGAACUAAAACAGGUUAUCCUACAGAAAUACAUGAUGGUGGAUAGUGCAGAUGAUCAGAAAACACAUCGGCCAGCUCCACCCAAAGAGGCUCCCAAGAAGUUGAUCCGCUAUAUUGAUAACCAGGUGGUGAGUACAAAGGGAGAGAGGUACAAAGACAUCAAGAAGCCUGAGAGCGAGGAGAUGAAGAGAACCUACAUCAGCCUCAAACCAGCCAGGAAGUACAAGUUCCACUGACAGCCAGGUCUUCCUGCUCUUCAGCCUCCACCUUGCUGGCCAGGCAUGGCAGGAUGGACACGUGGCACUAGGGAUGACGGAGCUCCUCUACCUGCCGCUAACUGGAACUAACCUGGGAGCCAAGACAUUGCUUUCAGCUUCCUCAACUAACCCGGUUGACAAGGAGACUUCUCUCUUUGUGUAGCUGUCCCUCUGCCCCCAGGGGCACACUGCAGUGGCUUUCCAGGGCCUGGGCAUUCUCUGCUAUUCCUUGCAUGAGACAUUUUUAGAUCUAAGAUGUGGCUUGUGCUUUUGCCGCAAGCUUUUUACAAGUCUGUGUGCACUGUUGCUUUAAAUUGGGUGCCUGUGUUAAUAAAGAUGAUGUGAGUUGGUGUGUAGUUCA